CCUCGUCUCGCUGUUCUUCUUCCUGAUCAUUGUCCGUCUUCUUGCCUGUAUUGUUCACUCGUUCUUCUCUUCUGAUCCUGCCUCGACGACCUACGACUCCGCAUCCUCGCUUGCUUGUUCCCCCUUCCCUCCAGUCUUUCGUUUUAGCAAGCUCGCCCGGCCCAGCUCCGUCUCCGUCCUCUCCUCUCCUCUCGUCUCCCUCUCCCUCUCCCAACGCCGUGGCAGCAGCAGCAACAUCAUCACCACCACCACCACCAGCAGCGGUUUCUGUUCUCGUCCUUCCCGUCUUGCUUGCCUUUCAAGCACAUGCCUUCAUUUUAGUCUUCGGUAAGUCUUUUCUGCACUACCCUCCGCCCUCUCACCGUCGCCGGUCCCAGACGUGCCAAAAAAAAAAGUUUGACCUUGGCUAUCCCCGAACUCUAUACUCCGCCUGUCGUGCUACCAACGCCGUUGUUCCACCUUCUGCUGCCGCCGCUCACGUCUUGCGACGUGCUUCGUUCCGCCGUCUCACUCUGCACUCCACGCGUUUCGUACUGUGGUCGGAGCUCAGCUGCUGGCCUGCCGACGCCCUACGCCCAUUCCGGCAACCUUUCACAGCGACAACGCCUCGGACGUCUGUCUCUACGGCCUCGAUUCGCUUCCGUCCUGCUACCCCGUGCUACUGCUCGGUUGGGCUUGUUUUCGACUUAGACCUUCAUUGCCGAGCAGCACGUAAUAUCUUAAUUCGACGAUCGCCUCAAACGUUUCUUCGCUUCACUUUCUCCUUCGACGACACGACGACACGACCUUCCAGCACCAAUGUCAAUACCGUAAGAAAGCUUUCGUCAUACCAAAGCCUUCGCGAGAAACCUUCGCUACGUAAUCUUAUUUUGCCCCUUGCGCCACGCCAGUCCAACACCGCCCUCCAACACCAUGGCUCCCAACCUGAAGAACAUUCGAUUUGGAAGGCGUAAGUCUCAGGGGAACAGCAUCGACGAGGGCAGCCCAGCCGCCCCCGUGUCCAGUUUCAGAGUCAUACCUCGCGAAGAUGCGGCCAAGAAAUCCACCAGCAGUGCCUUGGACUUGAGGAAAGCAGCCACUUUCCAGCAGCCCAGUCGACAGCCUUCGUAUGAAUACGACUCUGGCUCGUCAAACAGGGGCAGUAACAGCAGCGCGUCCACAGCACCUCGUUCUCAUCUUUCCGACAAUCCGAACACUCGUUUCAGCUCAUCGUCGACAUUACAGUCUCCAGUUGAGGCUAUGAAAAAGGACCGUUCCCCAUCACCGCACUUUCUUAAACUCGGCGAAGAUUUUGACAGCGACUGGGGUGAUCUUUUUUCUAGCAUGGACAAGCGAAAGAGCGGGGUGUUGAAUGAUUCAAGUUCCCGACCUUUGACGUUGGGUCGAGGGGAAUCCGAACCUAUCCUUUCCAACCCGCCAAAGGCGUUUGCAAAUAAUCAGAGGGCUACUCACCCCUCGCCGCCGCUGGGUUAUAGCAGAGAGAUGACGGCAUCACCACCAACACAGUGGGCUCGCCGGACGUCGGGAGAUCGACUCAUCUCCUCUCCGGAUCUUGGUUCAGCGGAUUCACCCACGGAUGAUGAUCCACCCCCUCUACCUCCAAAACAUACAACUGUCGCCCGAGACUCGAAACCGUAUAGUUAUGGGUUGCUCAGCGAUUCGGCUGACCUGUUGGACGAACCUCCGUCACUUGCUCAUAGCACAUCCGUGCGAUCCCAAAAUUCAUUCACUCGCUCCGGUGUAAAUGAAGAUACAGACGCUGCUCUCGUCCAACAGUCAGUGCGGGCGAUGAGGGCGUCGACCUUGGAGCGCUCGGGAGUCUAUGAGAGCAGCCCCUUGGCUCGCAAGGAGGUGAACACGUCCGAGUCCCUUGCGCCUCCCCCGUCACGGCCCCUGAAUGGCUCAUCCGAUACCUCGUUGAAAACCACUUCGUCUUCGUCGAGUUUUACUCACCAAGGAGAAUCUGGCGCUUCGUCGCCAUCCAAUGGCACAGGUGCCAACAAAAACGACAGUGCUCGGUCAACACCGCGGGCGACGCCAGCCGAACCAGCAAGGGACGGCACGGAGAUGUUUGAUCCAGAGGUUAUGCAAGCUAUCCAUCAAGCCAACCAUCAGUCCGACAACCGUCAGAUGCUGGGUCUGCCGACCGAGUCCCCUCCAAGGCUAAACGGCGCCAAAGUGAUGACUAUGGCAGAUUUUAACAAAGCCAAAGCGAACACGUUAUCGACCUUUGCAUCAAAGUCUGCCGAUGAGGGUUCUGACGAUGGAUACGAAGAUGACGACGAUGACCCUCAGAUUCAAGCACAGAAGAAGAGACUGGAGGCUCAGAGAGAGGCCCAGCAUGCCAUUUGGAGGCAGAAAAUGAAGAAGGCCAUUGGCGAUCAGUCGACACUGCCGCCGAUGAGACCGGACUUUUUGCGUGCGAAUCAAAGCGCCCCCAGCUUGACAUUCAAUGGCGAGCCGCAGCCGGAAGAGGAGGAUGAGGACGUUCCUCUGGCAAUCCUGCAAGCUCACAACUUCCCAUCAAAGAGCAAGACUCCUGACCCGCGAUUGAGUCAACAUUCGUACAUUGGCAUUCAGGACCGACCGUCGUCGCCGGCUCGGAACUCGACUACAAAUCAGAGGGCAAGUCAGCUGCCUGUGUUCGCCAGAAGGCUGCCGGAAGAUCCAUAUUUUGGAUCCUCUGACUUGUCAACUCCAGUGAAGCGCGAGUCUUUGGCGUUCAACAAAGGUCGAGCUCAGUCAAUGUAUGGUGCUGCUUCCGGGCCUCCGCCUGGAGUGUCCCCAGUCCCUGGAAUUCCUCCGGGUGGACUUGUAGGAGUUAUUGCCUCUGAAGAACAAGCCAGGGGAGCAAGGCGAGGCAGCCCAAAUCCACAGACGGCUAUGGGCUUUAACAUGCCGGGCGUUGGGACCCUGGGAGGUGCGCUGCCCAUGCAGUUGCCAUCAGCUCCUAUUAAUCCAGUAUCUCAAUCCGACAUGCUCCGCAACCAGCAGAUGCUCGAACUCAUGCAGCAAAACAAUUUGAUGAUGAAAGAGAUGAUGGAGAUGCGGGCACAGAUGCAGAUGAUGCAGAUGGGAGGUCAGAUGCCUAUGGGACCUCAGGGAAUGCCAAUGGCUGGACUUCCGCAGCAAAACCGGCCCAUGAGCAUUAUUGAUCAGAAUUUGAAUCGGCAAAGCAUGGCACCAAGCAUGUAUGGUCGAACGAUGAGCUUCUUAGGACCUGCCCCCAACAUGUUCCUAAAUCAGCCAGCGGCCGUCGGGAGCGGGGCAAGAAGCGUGAUGAAUGUACCUGUGGGCAAUUUCGGCCGGCUCAAUGACGGAUACACACCUUCCAUCGCCCCCAGCGAACGCAGCAAUAUUGGGCAACCCGCCCGGUACAAGCCAGUCAAUUUCGGCGAUGGCGGCUCCACGGUGACGGCUGGCAGCACUCUAAAGCUUUCCCAGGCACAAACAGGCGAGAGGAAAAAGUCUGGUUUCUUGAGCGCUGUGAUCCAUCAGGGCAAGAAGAGCACGUCAAAAGGAAAGGAAGACGACGACGAUGAGGAAGCGUGGGGAACGGUAAGGAGAAGAAGAUAGUGGGAUCCUAGGGACAGAUCCGUAAUAGCACAUCGCCUGUGGACUUAAUUUCUGCUUGCAUCUUGGUGGAAUAAAAUUUACUUGUGGAGUACUUCACUGUUCAAAGUAUGGGUCACACUAAUCUUCACUAUACGCCUGGCGAGAGGAAAGCUUUGGGUACUUCGCCACAACUUCAAGCAAGUUUUAAUGCUCACUGUCAUUGCAUCUUUGGGUCACGCAUUCACUGGAUUUUGGGAAUUUCAAGCGACACUUCAGGACCUGUCUCAUCGAUUGGUACGCAUUUGCUGGCAUUCUUGGCUGUAUCUCAUUGAGAUAUUUUUUUUAAUUGAUUGUCCUUGUUGGAUACAUGCUUUUUUGUAUGCGGACUUGGUGGAUUAGGUGGACUGAAGCUCGGUGAAAAGACUUGGGAGGCGGUAGCGAAUCCGCGUCCCUUUAUAGUAUUCUCAUAAUUUCAUUAACUCCGCUUCCAUGCCACAGC